CAGGACUGUAAGGAUAGGAUCUAGCCUGAGGUGACCUCUUCUCUCAUUGGCUCUCUUCUUCUUCUCCUGAGUGGCAGGGCCUGCAAUGGGGCCAUGACUAUUGGCCAGGGACCAGGAGUCAGAUUUAAAAGGACUCUUAGGCGGGCUUUUUCUGGGCAGAGAAUUCUCUGGGUGGGUCUAGAUCCCGAGAAGGUCCACAGGGGAAGGAUAAUGGUCUUAGCAAGUGGAAUGUCCAUUGUGAAGUGGUCUAAAGAUCAGUUCCCAGGGUAGGGGAUAUUGAUUCAAUUAUUUGAUCAGACCUAACAUUCCAGCCUUUUUGUUUUAUGGAAUAGGGACGAAGGUCAUAUCUUCUGUAGUUACUUCCUGCUGAGGAGGGACAUUGAGAUCAUAGGGGGUGGACUUUGAUUGUAGUCGGCUGGAAUGUUGUAUAGAUUCCUCCUGGUUGGAGCGAGGGGUUGCAGCAGUAUGAUUUCCCCGAGAGACUGGCUAGUGAAGGCGCGAGAGUGGUCCUGAAGGAAAGAUGAAAAAAUGGCACAGAAUAGCUGAGCCAAAAACGAGGAUGAGGAAUAGGAGUGCUAAUGGUCCUAUGAAGGGAGGUAGCCAGGUAUACCAGUUAAUAUUCUUCAGCCAGUAGUCCCAUGAAUUUGAUUGAUGCUCUCUAAUCUUUGCGGCCCUUUCUGUUAAUUUUUGGAUGGCAUCCCUGACCAGGCCAGACUGAUUGACAUAAAAACAACAUUCUUCCUCUAGAAAGAGUCAUAGACCUACCCUUUCUCCACAGUUAGGAGGUCCAGUUCUCUCCAGAUUUUGGAGGUGACAGCUGCUAGUGAAUCUGUCUGAUCCUGAAUUUGAACUAAAUUUUUGGCAAUGUCAUCUAGGCUUUCUUGUAGGUCCUGAGACAGGAUUUCAAAAUAUGAUAGAGCAGUGGUUAGGGCCCCUCUGCCAGUCCCGACACCUGCUGUGAUUGCGAGGAUUUUGAGGAGAGGGAUUAUCUGGACUGCUCUUUUGUGUCGGCUGUGAUGGGUUACUGGGACAGGUAAAGACUGGUUAUUGGGGGCUACAUCUACAUUGGGUGAGAGAUAGAUGAGAGUACAAGUUCCUGCCCAGUUGGUCGGGAGGCAGAUGUAUGUGUUUUCCCCACAGAGGAAGAAGAAUCCCUGAUCAUGGAGACAAGCUGAAAGGUAGGGAGAAGAGGUGGACUAAAGGAUCUGAAGUUCCUUUCCCAGGUCUAUGCUCCAAACCAAGAGGGGAGUCACCAUGGUGCUACCGAUAAGAGGAAUUGUGGUGCUUGGAAUAAACAGAGCUCAUGCCAAAAAUUCAUUCAGUAAAAAUCUCGUUAAAAUGCUCUCAAAAGCUGUGGACGCUUUAAAAUCUGAUAAGAAAGUACGGACUGUAAUAGUGAGGAGUGAAGUCCCAGGGAUAUUCUGUGCUGGUGCUGACCUUAAGGAAAGAGUCAAAAUGAAUCCUAGUGAAGUUGGUCCUUUUGUCUCAAAAAUAAGAGCAGUGAUCAAUGAAAUUGCGAACCUGCCAGUGCCGACAAUCGCUGCCCUGGACGGACUCGCUUUAGGUGGUGGUCUGGAACUGGCAUUAGCAUGUGACAUACGAGUGGCAGCUUCCUCUGCCAAAAUGGGCCUGGUUGAGACAAAGUUGGCAAUUAUUCCCGGUGGAGGGGGGACGCAGCGCCUGCCACGUGCCAUUGGGAUGUCCCUGGCCAAGGAGCUCAUCUUCUCUGCACGGGUGCUCGAUGGCCAAGAAGCCAAAGCAGUGGGCUUGGUCAGCCACGUCCUCGAGCAGAACCAGGAGGGCGAUGCUGCCUAUAGAAAGGCCUUAGACCUGGCGAGAGAGUUCUUACCUCAGGGACCUGUUGCAAUGCGAGUGGCAAAAUUAGCAAUUAAUCAGGGGAUGGAGGUCGAUUUAGUAACAGGGUUGGCCAUAGAAGAAGCUUGUUAUGCUCAGACCAUUCCAACGAAAGACAGACUUGAAGGUCUUCUGGCUUUUAAGGAGAAAAGAUCCCCUCGCUAUAAGGGGGAGUAGAACAGACAGCGGCCUUGGAAGUGCCAGUGUAACAGUGUGCUUCUGGGAAUGGCUCAGCGCCUGACCUCCGUGACCAAAGCGAGGAGCGGCG